AUGAACAGCUCGGGAGAGGAGAAGCAGCUGCAGCUCAUCUCCAGCCUGAAGGAGCAAGCGAUAGGUGAAUAUGAAGACCUUAGAGCAGAGAACCAGAAGACAAAGGAGAAGUGUGACAAAAUUAGGCAAGAACGAGAUGAAGCAGUUAAAAAACUGGAGGAAUUUCAGAAAAUUUCUCACAUGGUCAUAGAGGAAGUGAAUUUUAUGCAGAACCAUCUUGAAAUAGAGAAGACUUGUCGAGAAAGUGCUGAAGCUUUGGCAACAAAGUUAAAUAAAGAAAAUAAAGCAUUGAAAAGAAUCAGUAUGUUAUACAUGGCCAAGCUGGGGCCAGAUGUAAUAACUGAGGAGAUUAACAUUGACGAUGAUGAUUCAGCGAUGGACCCAGAGGAUGUUGCCAAGACUUGUGUCUCAGUACAGUGUCAGAAGCAGAUCAAAGAACUUCGAGAUCAAAUUGUAUCUGUUCAGGAGGAAAAGAAGAUAUUAGCCAUCGAACUGGAAAAUCUCAAGAGCAGACUUGUAGAAGUAACAGAAGAAGUAAAUAAAGUUAAACAAGAAAAAGAUGUUUUAAAUUCGGAAGUUCUUGAACAGAGAAAAGUCUUAGAAAAAUGCAAUAGAGUGUCCAUGCUAGCAGUAGAAGAAUAUGAGGAAAUGCAGGUGAACUUGGAGCUGGAGAAGGACCUUCGAAAGAAAGCAGAGUCAUUUGCACAAGAGAUGUUUAUCGAACAGAACAAGCUAAAGAGACAAAGCCACCUUCUACUACAGAGCUCUGCUCCUGACCGGCAGCUUUUGAACGCAUUAGAUGAAAAUGCAAAACUCGUCCAGCUCCUUGAAAAAGAGAGAAUUCAGCAUCAAGAAAAGGUCAAAGAACUAGAAGAGCAGCUACAGAAUGAAACUCUCCACAAGGAGAUAAACAGUCUCAAACAGCAACUGGAGCUUCUCGAAGAAGAUAAAAAAGAACUGGAACUGAAAUAUCAGAAUUCUGAGGAGAAAGCUAGAAAUUUAAAGCAUUCUGUUGAUGAGCUCCAGAAGCGGGUGAACCAGUCUGAGAAUUCAGUGCCUCCUCCACCACCUCCUCCCCCACCGCCUCCUCCCCCUCCUCCCCCCAAUCCUAUCCGAUCCCUCAUGUCCAUGAUCCGGAAGAGAUCCCACUCCAGCAGCGGUGGUGCCAAGAAAGAAAAGGCAGCUCAACCAGAAACAACUGAAGAAGUCACAGACCUGAAGCGGCAAGCAGUUGAAGAGAUGAUGGACAGAAUUAAAAAGGGAGUUCAUCUCAGGCCGGUUAAUCAGACGGCUAGGCCCAGUGCAAAGCCAGAAUCUGCAAAAGGCUCUGAAAGUGCAGUGAAUGAACUAAAAGGAAUGCUGGGGACACUUAACACAUCCACUAGUUCAAGAAGCUUAAAAUCCCUUCACACUGAAAACAGUGAAACUGAGUUAGAAAGGAUUUUGCGCCGCAGAAAGUUGACAACAGAAGCAGAUAGCAGUAGUCCAACUGGAAUAUUAGCCACCUCAGAGUCCAAAUCCAUGCCCGUGUUGGGUUCUGUAUCCAGUGUAACAAAAACAGCCUUGAACAAGAAAACUCUGGAGGCAGAAUUCAACAGCCCGCCCCCCCCAACACCUGAGCCAGGUGAAGGGUCGUGUAAAUGGGAAGGAUGCUCAAGUUCCAAGGUUACAUUUCAGCCUCCCAGUAACACUGGAUACAGGAAACAAUACAUUGGCAGUGGAAAACAAGCCAAACCAGUUGUAGUUUUAGAUCCUGUUUCCACAUACGAACCCCAAACCAAAGACCAGGUCGCUGAAAAAGAUCCAGCUCAACACAAGGAUGAUGAAGGUGAAACUAAACCAGGAUACAAACAGAAAGUGAGAGAUACCAACAGCUCCAACUGCUGA